AUGAAUUCUAAUGAUGUGAAUAGUGAAGGGGGUGUGAAUUUUAGUGGUGUGAAAUCUUGUAAAGGGGGUAUGAAUUCUGCAAAGGGAUGUGAAUUCGGAGUAAUAAAAUUCAUAUGGUGGGUUCUGGAGAGAAAGGGAGUGACCAAAGGAUAUAUUGAGGUGAUUAGAGAUAUGUAUGAAUGUGCCGUCACUACUAUUCGAUCAGCAGUAGGGAAAAUAAGUGAAUUUUCAAUCACUGUAGGAUUGCAUCAAGGGUUAGCUUUGAGCCUGUACCUCUUUGCCUUAGUUAUGGAUGAAUUGACUAGACAAUUUCAGAAGGAUAUCCCAUCGUAUAUGAUGUUUGCAGAUGAUAUUGUCCUCGUAGAUGAAACCGUUAGAGAUGUUAAUACGAAACUAGAAAUUUGGAGGGAAGUAUUAGAGUCAAAGAGUUUUUGGAUAAGUAGGAGUUAA